UUCACUGCUGCACAGGCUUUAGCAGAUGUUUCCCGAAAUUGUGUUUGAAAUAUUUUAGUAGUUUUCGAUUGAUUAGUGAGAUGCUGCAAGGUGGAAAAUUUUUGGAAAAAGCUAUCUUCCAGAGAAGAUGGUUUCAGACAUCGACGCACAUUUUUACGCUAAACUUACAUACGGUGAAGGCUCAUCAAAUAGAUGGGACGAACGAUCAGAGCUAUGUUCAGCAUACUGGAGGGAAGCCACUGCUCUAUCGGAACAUAGGUCAACAUUUGCGUCUAGCUGUUGAAAAAUAUCCAAAUAAUGAAGCUGUGCUGUCCUGCCAUGAGUGCAAACGGUACACGUAUUCGGAAGUUAUGGACAAGGUGGAUCGAAUGGCUGCCGCUUUCUAUCAGCUUGGCCUAGAGAAAAAUGAUCGCAUCGGGAUUUGGGGACCGAACAGCACCGCCUAUUAUCUGACUCUACUUGCAGUAGCACGAGCAGGAAUGAUUUCGGUGGGAAUUAAUCCGGCCUAUCAGCUUCGUGAACUGGAAUACGCCUUAAAGAAGGUGGGAGUAAAAGCACUGGUUGCUUCAGAAGGCUUCCGUUCCCAGAACUAUUACGAAAUGCUGAAACAAUUACUGCCGGAACUAGCCGAUAGUCCUCCGAUGAAGCUAAAAUCUUCCACAGUUCCAACUUUAUCGUCUAUUAUCGUUGAUUCUGGAACGAAUAAACUUCCUGGAACACUAGCUUUCGAAGAUCUUCUUCAGCUUGCGACAGAAACGGGAGUGUCUCAAAUUGAGGCUCUGCAAGCCUCCAUUUCUCCCGAUAGUGGUACCAGCUUAUUGUUUACCUCGGGGACAACCGGUCAACCGAAGGCUGCCUUGCUAUCCCACUUUGGAAUGGUUAACAAUGGUACCCAGGCGGCAUAUCGAAACGAACUAGAUCGUAAGCAGCAUCGCAUUUGUCUGCAAGUUCCACUCUUUCAUGUUUUUGGAAUGGUCUUCGGCAGCAUUGCGGCACUAAACUAUGGUUCAACACUGGUUUUCCCAGGAGAAGGAUUCCGAGCCAGUGAAUCGUUGAUGGCAAUUGCUAAAGAGAAGUGUAGCAUCAUUUAUGGAACACCUACCAUGUAUGUCGAUUUGUUGAACGAGUAUCACAAGAUGAACCUGAAGCUACCGGUAAUGGAUAUCGCGGUGAUUGGAGCAGCUGCCUGCUCCCCAAAGCUCAUCACAGAUAUUCAGGAUAUUCUUGGAGUAAGAGCGGUCCGCGCAUCUUACGGUAUGACUGAAGUGUCCGGAGGUUCAUUUAUUUGUGAACGGGGUGAUCCAACGGAAGUAUCGUUGGAUUCAGUUGGCCGGUUGGUAGAUCAUUCCGAAGUCAAGGUGGUUGACGUGGAAGGGAACACAGUGCCCUUUGGGACUCCUGGAGAACUAUGGGUUCGAAGCUAUGCAACAAUACUUGGCUACUGGGAUGAUAAUGGUGGCACGAAGGCAGCGAUUCGGGCUGAUCGUUGGUUGACAACGGGCGACCAGUUCGUACUAAGACCGGAUGGGUACGGAAAGGUUGUGGGUCGACUAAAAGAGGUUAUCAUUCGAGGUGGUGAAAAUAUUUACCCUAAAGAAAUAGAAGACACACUGAAUACGCAUCCUAGUAUUCUAGAAUCACAUUGCAUUGGAGUGCCAGAUGAGAGGUUGGGAGAAGAAAUUUGUGCGUACAUUAGAUUAAAAGAUCCACCAGAGCAAAAUUUGGUAAAUUUGGAAGACGUUAAACUUUUCUGUAGAGGUAAAUUAGCUUACUUUAAAAUACCAAAGCUAAUCAGAAUAGUACAAAACUUUCCAAAAACCACUUCCGGUAAAAUACAGAAAUUUAAGCUUCUGGAUAUGUUCUUGAGUGAAAAGAAAGAAUAAAUUUUCUUUCAUUUCAUGUCAUUAACUCAAUGUUAACAUUUACAGUCGUGAUUCGGCACACCCUCUGUUCAGCUGAAGAAUUUGAUUCGCUAGUUGAACCGACUGACAGAUGUCAGAAACAGAUACUCUUCAAAGAGACGUUAGUAGCGUAAAUGCAUCUCUUAACAUCUCUAAUUAUUGUCAGAUUGAUUAUUAAAGUAAAUUCGACGAGAGAUCUUUGGCAUUUAGAUGCUUUUUAUAUGGACAAUGGUCCAACUAGCGGAAGUCCAACUAAAAGGCGAUCCAGUUAAAAAGAGUCCAACCAGCGAAUCACGACUGUAGUAGGAUUUGAAACUUUAUGUAAGAAACAUUUGACAUGAAAUAAUUGAAAGUAAUAAUAGUUACGAAAAUAAAAUAAA